AUGGCGUCUUUGCAAGGCGAUGCGGUACUGGAGAGACGUGUGGUCUUGCUACGAGCCAUUUUGGACACCUUUGCGUCUGCCGCAGCUAAAAGAUAUGAGCAUGCCAAAGUGGCGCGGCAUCCAACCAAGAUCAGAAUGUUCUGGGGCGACAUCACUCAGCAGUACCAGCUAAUCCUGGAAGGCCAAUGGAGCAGACUAUGUCCCAAAAACAACGAGCUACUUAUCGGCCUGUUGGGGGCACUUGAAUCUAUCUUUCGCGGUGGGACUGUCUCAAUUGCAGAGGAGUGCAUCAACGCCUCUUUUCCUCGCCUAGAGACGCUGAGACAGAUCAUCAACGGUGUUCUCGCUAAUGAUACUGCCGGACUGUCUCAUCUUUUGCGUGCCCUCGACGAGCAGCCAGCACAGUCGUCCCGUACUAAUCUGAUGGAGCAUUUGCGCCAGCUUGCAGAUGUCCUUGCCGGCGAUGAGCAGCAAUCGAUCGAAGCAGAAUCUACCGUCUUCCCUCAGGUCCGGCGCCGCUUGGCUCCUUUCCUGCUCAAUAUGCUGGCAGUCGUCUCAAAUCAUUGGACGUGCAAAUGUGCUUUGCCGCAUAGGGCUGCGCUCUUCAUGUGCACACAUAGACAUGUGGCUGAAGAGGACAGUACUGUCACCAUCCAUGGUCUUCUGAGCACCAAAGCAAAUGAGAUCGGAUGGCAUGCGACAAGCAUGAAUGUCGAUACUAAGAGGUCUCAAGUCAGGACCCGCUUCGACCUGCCAGCAAGCACGUCGAUCCCAACACGUCGCAAGAUCAGAGAUCUCUGUUCGACCAUCGAGAACUCCGCCACUCAGACACUGAAAUUAGACCUUGAUGGCCGGAAACUCCUUCAGCUAAUGAGCAGCGCUAAGGACAAUUCAUCACCGCCCGACAUGGAGCUUGUCAGCUUGGCAAAUGGUCUCUUCGCUCUUCAGGAGACAGAACUUGGCAUCGCCGGCAAGCUCUGCUUGUGUAUCGUGUUAUCCUACUCGAUGCUUGACUUCUGUGGCGAGCCAUGGUUUCCUGCAGGAUGGACAAAUUCCGGCAUCCACUUUUUUCAAGAUAACAAAGUUCUACGUCUACGGCCGAUGCUGGUAACACCGGUGCAGCCAGCUCGUGAUACGCUAUCCACUAAUUCAGUGGUCAUGCCAUCAUUGCUGCUCUCACAUGCCGCCCUCAUGAUGGAAAUCUAUCGUCAGAGUCCAUUGAGCAAGUAUGAACUCACAAGAGCCGCGGAGAACCGCAUUACAUAUCGCGCAUUCCUGCGUUCGUCCCUUCAGGAUACAAAUUGGGACGUUCACGAGCGUUUCAAGCAGGCCGUUCAAUCAUGUCUGGACAUCUCUGAGAUGGAAUGGGUAUGUGGUGAUGCAGAAGUCGAAGGGCGGCUUGACUCUGCCUUCUGCCAGCGAGUUAUUGGCAUGCUGCUAAGCGACUUCACCGCGAUAUGCGGUGCGAUCGAGCCGGAUGUGUUCAUAUCCAGCCUCUGUCUUCCACGCGUAGAGUCAUCAUCGGAUAAUUCGAAGACACCGCAACUGUCAGUCGAAGUACGACCACGGAUAAACAGUCGAGUGACGAGACCUACGCCGAGUCCCAAGCCUGCUCAUCUUCGGGCUCAUAGUCCUUGGAAGGCUUCCGGCGGUCGACCAGCAGUUGAGCCGCGAGAGAGCGGAAGGUCGACGGUAUCGAGUCUCGGCCUAUCGUACGAGCGGUUUUUCGAUACUGAUGAAGUUGUAAGUGUAGAGCAAAUCCGCGAGUCAGGGCUGUGGUUUCAACGCUUUGAUGAGGUGAAGGCAAAGAUGCCCAGAAUGACUGCGAGCAGCCACCAGCUCAAGAUCGCAAUACUUGAUACAGGAAUCGACCUGGAGAACUCUUGGCUUUCUUGUCAUGCUCGCAGAAUACGUUGCUGGCCGGAUGCAGGAAGCUGCAAAGACACCGAUGGCCACGGCACAGAUAUCGCGUAUCUUCUCCUCAGACUUGCACCAGAGGAUGUGCAUAUAAGAGUGGCCAAAAUCGCACAGUCUCGCUUCCUACGGAACGUUGACAUCUUGGCAAUCGCGAAGGCUAUUGAGCACUUUUCCGACCACCGAGGCGAGAAAGUCGACAUUAUCAACUUGUCUUUUGGCUUUGCAAUCUAUAAAACACCGGAACUCCGACCCAUUUGGUUGGCUAUUCGGUACGCCCGAGACAAUGGUGUCCUAAUAUUUGCAGCAGCAGGAAAUGAGGGUGCUAACGAUGGUGUCGCGUGGCCUGCGAAAUUAUCAGACGUAGUCUGCGUCAGUGCCGCAAACAGCUAUGGGCGGCCUGCUGGUUUCAGCUCGGGAGAAGGGCACCGAGUCUGGACGUUAGGCGUUUCUACACCGACCUGCAGAACGGACGACAAGCAAAGAAUUAUCCACAGAAGUGGCACAUCAUUCUCUACACCGAUCGCUGUUGCCAUUGCAGCGACAGUCUUGGCUUUCAUGGAGGGUCUUGGCAAUGAAAAGGACUUACUUGUACCACAAGACUGUGAGGAUCUCAAGUCACGCUUAUGGACCAAGACUGGAAUGGAACGUGUCCUUUGCAGGACUUGUGUGCCAUCUGAAAGCUUGGAGCAUCGUUUGUCUUACAUCACACACGUACCCUUCCUCACGAUGUCGGCAUUCAGUCGCCUGGGCAUAAUUCUCAACGAACUAAGAUCUGUUCCUGAGGGCUAA